AUGUUUAAUAUUUUUAAAAAUAAUUAUAAAAAAUUGAGCUUACUAACAUUUGCAUUAACUUCUUCUGCUGUAGGAACACUACAUUUAAUUCAACAUAAAAAUGAAAUAUUAAAAAAAGAGGAAUCUAAUUUUAGUCCAGAUAUUUUGAAUGUUGAAGAAGUAUUGAAACUUAUUUCAGACAAACUUCGAAGUAAGAAAGCUAUUGACUAUUUGGAACAUAAUUUUUUUAACAUACUAAAAAAAGAAGAGAAAGAAGAAUUAAUAAAUAAUUUGGAUAAUACAGCAUUAUGCUUGUUAGCUUUAGCUAAAUCAAAAAUUAUUUAUAAUCAUAAAGUAGUAAUAAAAUCACUGGAACAAUAUAAUGAGAUUAUUAAUGAUAAAAAAUUGAAUGACGAAUAUGAAGAUACAUUCUUCUACAAACGUCUUAACACAAUUUUUAAAGAAAAAAGUAAACUUUUUGAAGAUUUUUGGAUUUAUAGUUAUAAAUUAUGUGAAGAUUAUGAUUCACAAUGUAUAGAAGAGGGUCGAUUUAAAAAAUAUUAUACUAAAAAUUCUGGUAGUAUUGUUCCAUUGAUGAGAGGUCUAAUGGCAACCGAAACUGGAGAUUGUAGAAGAUUUGUUUCAAAAGAAUUGAUGAAUCUUUUGUUUUUAAUUUAUAUACAUAAUAGAGAAGAUUUGGUAAAUGGUAAUCAACCAAAAUCACGUAAAGUAUGCCAACUGAUUGUUAAAAUUCUUUCAAAUAUUGCAAAAAAUGAUAAAAAAAGUGCUGAUUUUAUUGUAAAUAGUGAGUGGUUUUCAUUACUUUGCAAAAUGUUAACUCAACCCAUCUCUGAUGAAGAAAUUUAUUGGGCAAAAAAAAUAUUUCAUAAUAUUUUAUUUUCUUAUAACUAUGAAACUUCACCUAUACCAUGUGAUAUUAUUGAAAUUUUUUCACCACCCAAUGGUAUUGAGCCUAUUGUUGAUAUUGUCUUUGUACAUGGAAUACAGGGAAGUGGUCUAACUACAUGGAGAUCUCAUGAUUCUUUAAAAAAUAACAAAACAAAAUGUUGGCCUGCUGAUUGGUUACUUCCAGAAAUAAAUAUUCCUAUUCGUGGUUUAGCUACAGACUAUUUGUCAUCAUUUUUUUUUCAAAAAGAAAGAAGUAAUACGGUUUUAAGUUUGGCAAAAAAUCUUGAAAAACAAUUUUCUGAAGCUGGUAUAGGUAAACGUCCAACUAUAUUUAUAUCUCAUAGUUUGGGUGGUAUAUUAUUAAAAAAAAUUUUAUUAGAUAACCCAAGUAUACGAGAAAAUACAUUAUCCAUAUUAUUUAUUGCAGUCCCUCACAGGGGUAGCACAUUUUCUAAACUUUUUGGUAGCCUUCCAAAAUUCUCAAAUGAGGUUAAAUUUUUAAAACCCGAAAGUGAAGGGAUUUUAAAAAUACACAAAGAUUUUUUAAAUGUUAGUGAAGAAAUACCAAUUUUCAUGAGUUUAACGGAAAACAUUAAACAUGAUAUAUUAAAAAUGUACCAUAUGGUAUCACCAGAAUCAGCAUAUUUUGAAAAAGGUUCAUUUUAUCAUAUAGAUAUUAAUCACAUUGAUAUCACAAAACCAAAAAACAAAGAGGAUCUUGUAUAUAUCUUAAUUAAGAAAUUUAUUACAGAUUCAUUAAGGAACUUAAAAAGUUGA